CAGGUUGUGCUGUCUUGGUCUUCUUAGAGUGAAUUAACCAUUUCUGGAAAGCCACCAGGCAGGAUCAGAAUGUGGGGAGACCAUCGACAGAGCAACAGAAUGGGGUCUUUUCGUGGGAGCCAAGAAGAAAGGUUUGCUCCCGGGUGGAACAGGGAAUAUCCUCCUUCCCUUGAUAGUCUUGCUCAAGAAAGACACUCUGGCAACUUCUCUGGCAGAGAAUCACUUCCUUUUGAUAUCCAGGCACUCACAGGCCUCCUCAAUCCUCAGUUUGCCAACAGAGAGGAACCUUCUUUCAGCUUUGGAGCUAGAGAUGGACCACGUAGUGACUUCAGAGGUGGGGAGGGGCACCAUGAUUUUAGGGGCAGAGAUUUCCCACCAUCUGACUUCCAGGGCCGAGAUGAGUCUCAGAUGGAUUUCAGAGGUAGGGACCCACCUUCUUCUGAGUACAGGGGCAGGGAUAUGUACUCUGGAGACUUCCGGGAGAGAGAAGGGCCACCUAUGGACUUCAGGGGUGGGGACGUACCUUCGGUGGACUACAGGAACAGGGAGACGUUCCGUAUGAACUACAGGGACAGGGAAGCGCAUAAUAUGGAUUACAGGGGCAGGGACGAACCUCCGUCAGACUUCAGGGGAAGGGGGUCUUUUGACCUGGACUUCAGAGGCCGAGAUGGAUCUCAUUCGGACUUUAGGGCGAGGGAUGUGUCGGAGUUAGACUACAGGGGCAGAGACCAUUCCUAUUCAGACUUCAGAAAUAGGGAUGUACCUGAUUUGGACUUCAGGGGCGUGGGCACUUCUGAUCUGGACUUCAGAAACAGAAAUGCACCGUCGUCAGACUUCAGAAAUAGGCACAGGUCCCGGUCUGAUCAGGAUUUUAGGAGCAGAGAUGUGGCUCCUCCUAUGGACUUUUCAGAUAGGGAAAUGCCUCCUGUGGAUCAAAGCCUUGUAGAUUUUAGGCGCAACCAGUCUACUGUACCUGUAGCUGAAAGAGAGAGCUCUGGUUUAAAUACCAGCAAGAGAGAGGAUUCUGCACUUAAUCUAGAUAGAACUCCCUUUGGUAGCCAAAAAGGAGAAUUCCAACAUGCAGAAGCACCAGCCAGAGAAGAGGAAUCCCUUGGACUGGGUCUUGAAGACGACACUUCACACAAUUUCCAAAAUAGCCGUGGACCUGUUCCUACUCUCCAGGACCAAGAGGAGCAACCUCCGACGUUUGCUAACAAACAGCAACAGCAGCAGCUUUCUGGUGGGGAGCAGCAAGGAUCCGAUUCUGAUCUUGGGUUAAAGGGUGAAGGCGGCCUGGAUUUCCUUGGAAGGCAAGAUACUGACUACCGAAACAUUGAGUAUCGCGACGUGGAUCACCGGCUGCCAGGGCAUCAGAUGUUUGAUUAUGAACAUGGCAAGUCCUUUUCAGAAGGAAAACCCAGCAAAGAUUCUAGGCCCUAUAAGAGCCUUCAGGACCAGGAUUACCGGACCUGUCCCAAAUAUGUGAAGCCAAGCAAGCUCAUUCGGCUAGGAGGAGUGCCUGAAACUGCCACAAAGGAUGAUAUUCUCAACGCUUUCCGAGGGCCUGAUGGGACACCUGUGAAGGACUUGAGACUGAAAGAUUACAGCUCAG